AUGUUGGAGCGCCUGGUAGGAAAAUCUCAUUAUUUCUUUCUUGAUGGUUUUUCUGGUUAUUUUCAAAUAAAUAUUGCUCUUGAGGAUCAAGAGGAAACCACAUUCACCUGCCCCAUUAGCACUUUUGCCUAUAGGAGGAUGUCGUUUGGCCUAUGCAACGCCCCUGAUAGUUUGGAGAAAGUUUUGAAAAGAUGCAUAGAAACAAACCUUGUUCUCAAUUUUGAGAAAUGUCAUUUUAUGGUAGAACAAGGUUUGGUUCUAGGGCAUAUCAUUUCUUGCAAGGGAAUAGAGGUAGAUCCUGCAAAAAUAUUUAUGAUUUCGCAAUUGCCUUACGCCUCUUGCGUGCGAGAGGUUCGAUCUUUUCUUGGGCAUGCAGGUUUCUAUAGGCGCUUCAUCAAGGACUUCAGCAAGAAAACGCUUCCCUUGUCCAAACUGUUGCAGAAAGACAUUGAGUUUGACUUUGAUGACAGAUGCAAACAGGCUUUUGAUCGCCUAAAGAAAGCUUUGACCACCACUCCGAUCAUUCAGGCACUAGAUUGGACAGCCCCUUUUGAGCUUAUGUGUGAUGCAUCCAAUUAUGCAUUGGGGGCUGUCUUGACACAAAAGAUUGACAAGUUGCCACGAGAUGACCCAUAUCUGUGGAAGUUGUGCAGUGAUCAGGUUACUAGGAGAUGCAUUCCGGACCAUGAGAUUGACUCGGUCCUUCAGUUCUACCAUGCCUCCUCACUUGGUGGUCAUCUGGGAAUUCAAAGAAUAGCUCGCAGGGUGCUAGAUUGUGGUUUUUAUUGGCCCUCCAUCUUUAAGGGUGCGAAGAGGAUUUGCAGUACCUGCGAGCCAUGUCAAAGAGCAGAAGGAUCACUUUCAUGGAGACAACAGAUGCCUCAACAGCCUAUGCUGUUGUGUGAGGUAUUUGAUGUCUGGGGUAUAGACUUUAUGGGUCCUUUUCCUAUUUCUUUUGGUUUCUCUUAUAUUCUCCUUGCUGUGGAUUAUGUUUCAAAAUGGGUAAAAGCUAAAGCCACCAGAACUAACGAUGCUCGGGUUGUUGUAGAUUUUGUUAGAUCUCACCUCUUUUGCAGGUUUGGAGUGCCUAGAGCAAUUGUUAGUGACCAAGGAACCCAUUUCUACAACAGAUCCAUGCAAGCUUUGCUCAAGAAAUAUGAGGUGGUGCAUAGAGUCUCUACACCAUUCCACCCCCAAACAAAUGGGCAAGCUGAGAUCUCAAACAAGAAGAUAAAGAGGAUUUUGGAGAAGAUUGUCCAACCCAAUAGGAAAGAUUCGAGUAAUAAGUUGGACGAUGCUCUCUAG